AUGGUCUGGUUUUCUGUGCCUGCACUCCUAACUUUGCUUCUUCAGGUGGUCUGGAGUCAGCCUGCUCCAGAGACAACUGAAAUAGAUGUAGAUGGAGGAAUUGAUCAAGACAUCUUUGACAUCAAUGAAGCUUUAGGACUAGACCUUUUUGAGGGAGACAUCAAACUUGACGGGAUGCAGGAGCGAAACUCCAUCAUUGGUGACAACUACCGGUGGCCCCACACUAUCCCCUACGUCCUUGAUGAUAGCCUGGAAAUGAAUGCUAAGGGAGUCAUCCUCAAGGCAUUUGAACGGUAUCGACUGAAAACCUGUAUUGACUUCAAACCUUGGGAAGGGGAGAAGAAUUACAUAUCUGUGUUCAAAGGAAGUGGCUGCUGGUCCUCAGUGGGAAACCGCCAAGAGGGGUUGCAGCAGCUCUCCAUCGGAGCCAACUGUGACAGGAUCGGGACAAUCCAGCAUGAGUUCCUGCAUGCCCUGGGAUUCUGGCAUGAGCAGUCACGGUUCGACCGGGACGACUAUGUGUCCAUCAUGUGGGACAGGAUUCAGCCUGGCAAAAAUCAUAAUUUCAUAAAAUAUGAUGAUACAAUAUCAGACUCCCUGAAUGUUCCCUAUGACUAUACUUCUGUGAUGCACUAUAGCCAAAAUGCAUUCAGAAAUGGAACUGAACCCACCAUCAUCACUAACAUACCAGACUUCAUGGAUGUAAUAGGACAGCGAAUGGAUUUCAGUGAUUAUGAUCUCCAGAAACUGAACCGGCUGUACAAUUGCUCCUCCUCCCUAAGUUUCAUGGAUACAUGCAGUUUUGAACUUGAAAAUAUAUGUGGCAUGAUUCAAAGUUCAGAUGAUAACAGUGAUUGGCAGCGUUUGUCUCAGGUUCCUGCUGGGCCAAAUACUGAUCACACUAAUAUGGGAGAAUGCAAAGAUUCUGGCUACUUCAUGCAUUUCAACACCAGUGCUGGAGCAGAGGGAAGCAUAGCUAUCCUGGAGAGCCGAAUUCUGUAUCCCAAAAGGGGCUUUCAGUGCUUACAAUUCUAUUUCUAUAACAGCGGUCAUGAAAGCGACCGGCUGUAUGUCUGGGUCAGGGAGUAUACUUCAGCCCAUCCAAAUGGUACUUUGAGACUCAUUGAAGAGAUAAAAGGUUCACCUGCGAGUUACUGGCAGCUCCAUCACGUUUCUUUGAGUGUCACAAGUAAAUUCCGGGUUGUGUUUCAAGGCAUGAGAGGAAGUGGCUUAUCAAAGGGAGGCCUCUCUAUUGAUGACAUCAACUUGUCAGAGACUCAGUGUCCCCACCACGUCUGGCAUAUCAGAAAUUUCACACAUCUCCUCAAUACAAGUCCAGCAGGGACAGCAGGAAGAAUAUACAGUCCACCUUUUUACUCUAGUAAAGGAUAUGCUUUUCAGGUCAGCUUGUUUGUAAAUGGUACCGCCAAUAACCCAUUUAAUUUAGCAAUGUACUUGUACUUGAUUUCUGGAGCAAAUGAUGACCAAUUGCAAUGGCCCUGUGCAUGGCAACAAGGUACCAUGACUCUGCUUGACCAGCAUCCCGAUAUUCGACAACGGAUGUCAAACCAAAGAAGUAUAACAACUGACCCUCUGAAAUUAUCAGAUUCCUCAUCAAAUUAUUUUUGGGAUAGGCCAGAUAAAGUGGGAUCCGUAGCAACUUUUCCCAAUGGAACCAGAUUCAUGAGAGGUCCAGGAAGUGGAACAAGUACAUUUUUAACUCAUCAGAGACUUAGAAGCCGCAACUUUAUUAAAGAAGACAGUGUUUAUAUUCUUUUAACAAUGGAAGAUAUAUCACACCUACUAUCAACUCAGCCAAGUGUUGCACCCACCUUUGUUGUGAGUACGCCCAGUGCCAACACCAAGCCUACCACUAGGUCUACCACCACCACAACACCUAUCACAACAGCCUCUGUCACCCUGACCGAAAAGCCAGAGAUGGAGGUUCCCAACUACUGCCCAGACAACCCUUGUGAAAAUGAUGGAGUCUGCAUUAUAGUAGAUAGAGUAUCAGUGUGCAGAUGUCCAGCCGGUGACAACUGGUGGUACAUGGGAGAAAAGUGUGAAAGGAGAGGCUCCACUCACGAAAAUACUGUAAUAGUUGUUUCUUCAACCAUAGCUGUGUUUGUUGUAAUGCUUAUUGUCACUAUCACAACUGCAGUGUGCCUUAAAAAGAAAUACAGCCAAGGAAAGGAAGAUAUGGAGAGCCUGACUCUAGAAGUAGUAGCCAUGGUGACUGGAGUCAGACAGGAGAUUUAUGUCAGGCUUGAUGACUACUAUAAUACACAUAAACAGAAAAUGCCUGCCUUAGAGCAGCACUUUCCCGAUAGGGACAUGGCCACAUUUUGA